GUAUAAGCAACAGUCGUUUGGCCGAAAACCAUGAGCACGAACAGCGAUAAAACCGCAGACAAGCAGAAAGGCGAUAAGACGCAGGACAUCUUUCCGCUGAACAUCAAGAUAAAGCAGGAAAAAACGACGAGCUACGAGGACUCUAGCAAAUCGGAAACGGUAGACAAACUGUCCAUCGACGUGAAUCUGAAAAACAUUUUUUCCACCACCAUCACCAGCAGCAGUGGUACGGAAAAAGGCACCGAAAAGGGGGACGUUAAGCCUGCGCUUGAGCCACUGAAAUCAUCGAACGAAAUUCUCACAGAACUAUUCCGGGUGUUCAAUGCUGCUCCGCCGGAAAUCAUCGAAGACGAUUCGAACGAUGCAGUGGAACCGGAGAAAAAGAAAAAGAAACAUAAACACAAGAAGAAAAGCAAAAAGAAAAAAGGUAGUGAAAGUGAGUCGGCUGACGAACCGGUAGAACCUGCUGCGGAAGAAGAACAUGGUGAGAAGCGGGUGAAGAAGAAAAAAAUCAAGAAAGAGAAGGACAGGGAGCGGAAGCACGAAAAGCACAAGCGAAGCAAACAUCGGAUUGGCGAGACACUACUGGUGACAGUGAAACAGGAACCGCUGGAUGAUGCCGAGAAAUCUUCCAAACGACGCGAUGAUGAUAAGCUUAAAGAGAACGGUAAAUCAAAGGAAGUAAAGCCGGAGGAGGAAGCUAAACCACCUCUGAAGGGGAAGAUACAAAUCAAAAGUCUGAAGGAUAGCGCCAUAUUCAAGGAACUUGCCACAAAUUCUCACUCUCAGUCGACGGAACGACAUAACGAGCGGCAUCUCGAACGGGACAAACCAUCGUCACACAGGUCGUCCCGGGGAGAGCUACGCAAACGAAGGACUUCUGAGACCGACCUCUCGUUGUCCGAUGACGAGGAAAAGAAAAACGGCAGGUACUAUGAUUUCUAUCAAAAGAAGUACAACUCUUUCUAUGCUGGAUUUGAGGAGGAAAAUGAGCGGAAAAGGCACGACCGGAAGCGUGACCGACAUAGUAGUGAGGAUCGUUCGCGAAGGCAUCGUUCCAAUACAUUUUCCCGUUCACGUUCACGUUCGCGCUCUCGGUCACGGUCCCGUUCUAAGGAGCAGAUCGAUAAGCAGAAGCUUCUAGAGAUCGCACGCAAAAAUGCAAUCAAUAUGCUGAAAAAGGGAACACUCCCUGGAGCGCAGAAUAUGGACGGCGAAUCGAAAGCUAAGCUUAUCUCCAAAAUGCACGCCAGCGGUAAGACCAUCGAAGAGCUGACCGCAUUCUGUAAAAAGAUUUCUCACAAGGACAAUGCGAACGAUCUGUCCAGCGUGUCGUCUGAUGAGAGCGAUCAUGAUGCGGACGGAGCCAGCAAAGCGUUCCAUCAUCCGUUUCAGCUUAAAGAAGCGGCACCGAUUGUGAUGAACAUCCGCAACGCUACCACCAUUCAGCCGAAAUCGGCCGAAGAGAAAAAAGCGCUUCUGAUGCAAUUUCCUGUAUCGUCUGGAGCGCAACAUCGCAGCACGGAAACAGAAUGGGUACCGGUGGAGCCUAAAAAGCCGGCCCUUCUCACCAAACCUGGCUCGACCGUAGACUCUGGGGCGUCUGGUGGUGGAUCCAACUUUGUAAAUAGGCCCAAACCGAAAACUAUCCUACCACCGUCAUCCACGUUUGUGCCACAGCAAAGCCCGCUACCGGAUUUUUCAUUACCGCAACCCUUACCAGUACAAGCCCCUUCGAUACCAGCGAUUCCUCCACUAUUGCAACCGAAUGUAGGACAAACACCUGCAGCUCCGUUACACCCGGCUCCUUACUCUUCGAACGAUACCGCCAGCUUACCGUACCAAUCGUCUUACCUUCCACCGAUAAAUCCUCAAAUACCGCAGUCCACGCACCCAACGCCUUCUCACGUACAACCGUUCAACAAUAUGGUUACACCGGAUAUCACGAUGAACCUUCCCGUCGAUACCAGUAUUCCUCCACCAAACUUAAAUCCUAGGGGAUCUGCCGGGCAUCUGGAACCACAAUCGAGGCCGCUAUUUCCACCCGGUCCGGGAACUUCGCUUCCCCACCCACGCGUGGGUCCAGGAUCGGACAACGUGUUUAACACGCAGCCCGAUGCAACCAUUAUCGAUGUUUCACAGAUCGUUAGUCAGCGUUUGAAUGCAAUGCGCCGGCUGCAGGAAAAUCCGACCGAUACCGACGCGAGACAGAUGCUGUACAACACGCAAAAGGACAUGUCGACGUGGGCCUCAUCCAAGGCGAUGCCUGGGCAAUUUUUGGGUUCCACCGGUGUCAACUGUCUUAGCCAGCGGGAACUGGCGGAAGGCUAUCAGCCAUGGGCUACCCGUGACAUGAUGAAACAGUCCGCACCAGUUACCGGCGGUAUGGGCAUGCAUUUGCUACAGAAGAUGGGCUGGCAGCCUGGUGAAGGUUUGGGCAAGGAGAAGAACGGUUCCUUACAGCCACUCCUGCUCGAUGUAAAGCUGGAUAAACGGGGGCUCGGCGAAGAAGAAAAUAAACCGAGACAACAUCAACCGUACCCGAUGCCACCGUUUCCACGUCGCGAUGGUCGAUCUAGGUAUAUGACCUUAAAGGUCAACACCGACGGUAAGCAUCCCGUUUCGAUACUGUGCGAGUACGCUACAAAGCACAAGUGGAAUCCACCCAUGUACGAGUUGGUGCAUGAAAGUGGACCGGGACAUGCAAAGAAUUUCAUCUUUAAAGUGCUCGUAAACGGUCUAGAAUAUCAGCCAGCAAUCGCCAACAACACCAAGAAGGAAGCGAAAGCGACAGCGGCAAAGUUUUGUCUGCAGCAGUUGGGCGUAAUGAUUACUUAA